AUGACAUUCUCAUUUGGCUUCUCUACGGCAGAGCUAAAUGGUACUCAGUCAGUAGAUUGUCAAGCUGGCCAGAAUGAUGAUAUCAAAAUUUUUAUGGGUUCUCAAGAUAUCCCUCAAGCCAAUGCGCUGGAUGCAGAAUCGUUAAAGUCACCAGCUAUCCCGCAACCUGACAUCAUUACUCUUGAGGAUUUAACAGACUCGUUAAGGGAGGUAAGAUUAUCUUUUAAGGAAAUAACUACUGCUGAAAGAAAUGUGACUCUAUAUCGUAGAGAGUUGUUUGAUGUGAAACAUCAGCUGAUGACGGAGGUUGGCGAAAGCACUAAUGGCAGUAACAGUGACAAUGCGAGGAGCUCGAAAGUUGAAUCGCAGAUAUUAAUGGGCGAGACAAAUGAGGAUCUCAAAAAGGGUGUGUAUGAGGGUGGGUUAAAAUGUUGGGAGUGUUCAAUAGAUCUCGUGGAUUAUUUAUCUGAAAAUCGUGGUGCCUACAAGACAGUUAUUGAAUUAGGCUGUGGAACUGCAUUGCCUUCGCAAUACUUGUUCACUGAAUUUCUACGCACCGGUAGUGAUUCUGGUAUAAGAUUUAUAUUAUGUGAUUAUAAUGAUUCUGUUUUGAGGCUGGUGACCGUUACAAACUUGAUCAUUGCAUGGGCAAAGACAUCCCUUUCACCUGAACGGUGGUUAUCACUACAAAAAGCAGGGUGUGAUAGUAUUCCGGUUGUGAAUGAUGAGCUAUUAUUGACAUCAGCGCUCCUCGAUGCAUUUUUAAAGGACAUGGCGGAUAGGAAAGUAGAACUGCAUUUUAUCUCUGGUACCUGGGGUGCUAAAUUCUUGUCACUUUUGAAAGAUAAGAUGUGGGUACCUUGUAGUGAUGGAAUAAUUUUGACCUCUGAGACUAUAUACCAGCCUGAUACGCUACCAGUUAUUUCGGAAUUGCUUCUGGGGUUGAUUGCGUUAUGUAAAGAGCAACACUUUGACAUUAAAACCUACGUUGCAGCCAAGGACAUUUAUUUUGGAGUUGGUGGUAGUGUAAUGGAAUUCGUGAGAUACAUCAAUAGGAGAAUCUACGAUGGAAAGCUUUCAUUAAAGGUGAAAGCAUCUAAAAUCAAUACAGCUCUGAAGAGAUCUAUAAUUAGUAUUGAAUAG